AUGACGUUGAAUCUAUCUAAAGUAAGUGAAACAUACUUCAAUAAGUUGUUUGAAACCAAGACUUCGAGUCAAUCCACAGAAAUCAAAGCAAGGGUGCUUUUGGUAGAUAAACAUACAACCCCAAUCAUAUCUAUGUCUUAUACACAAUCACAAUUACUUCAAAAUGACAUUGUGCUUGUAGAGAUGAUAGAGAAUCAGGGGAGUUUAAACGUUAUGAAGCAUCUUAAUUGCGUUGUUUAUAUCAAACCUACCCAAGAUUCUAUAAGAAAUUUGAUAAAAGAACUCAAGAAUCCUCAUUUUAACAAAUAUGAGUUGUUCACUAAUAACACGUUAAAUAAGAACCAGUUGGAGGGUCUUGCAGAAGCGGAUGAAUUUGAAGCAAUAAGUCAAGUUCUUGAAAUAUUUCAAGAUUAUUUAAUUGUAAACAAUAAUUUGUUUACGAUCAAUAUAUCCAACAGUCAGAAUAGUAUAAUUGAAGAGUCUAAUAGUUUAGCAAGUUUACUAUUAUCCUUAAAGAAAUGUCCUAUUAUCAAAUAUGAAUCGAAUUCCAUUGAAUUGAAGAAAUUGAGUUCAGAAAUAUUGUACAACAUUAAUUCUAACUCUAACAAUAAUUUAUUUGAAGAUUUGAAUAAAAACUCUGAUGUGCCUCCAAUAUUACUAUUACUAGACCGCAAAAAUGACCCAAUAACUCCCUUGAUACUUCCCUGGACAUAUCAGUCGAUGAUUCAUGAAUUAAUUGGUAUUAAUAAGAAUAUGGUAGAAUUAGCAGAGUCCAAGGAACCUAUAAUCUUAUCUGAGUCGCAAGACCCUUUUUUUAAGCAAUCUAUGUAUUUGAACUACGGUGAUCUAACUGAUAAGUUCCAAGAAUAUGUUGAAGAAUACAAGAAACAAACUAAGCAAUCUUCUAUAGAAAACUUGAAAACACAAAAUCUUUCAGAAUUGAAAAAGGUAUUAACUAAAUUUCCCGAAUUCAAGAAACUUCUGAACAACAUAUUGAAGCAUUUAAAUUUAAUAAGUGAAUUGGAUAGUCAAAUUUCACAUCAAAGUCUUUGGGAAGUUAGUGAAUUGCAACAAACUAUUAUUUGUAAUUUAGAGAGUCAACAAGUUAUCAGAACUAGAGUAUUAGAAAUAUUAGACAAGUCAACAAUUUCUACUGAGAAUAAAAUAAAAUUAGUAUUGCUCUACUCAGUCAAGUUCAAUCAAAAUGAAAAUGAUUUAGCAGUGUUCUUGAAUAAGUUUCAUGACCCUGCUAUCACUAACCCGGUACCAACCGUAUCACAGAUAUCAUUGAUGAAAAAUUUCAACAAACAAUUCAAUAAAUCCCCAAUUUCAACCAACAAUAAUAAUAGUAAUAAUAUUGGCAAAAUAUUUAAUAAUAAGAAGAUAAGCAUUAACCUGUUAUUUAACAAUUCAGCUAAUAAUAAUACUACGAACAAUAUUUACAUGCAAUAUAUUCCAAAGCUAAAUGAAUUAUUGAAUGAAUUGAUAAACCAGAGUCAAAAUCACUCUAAUCAAUUCCAUUUGUCUACAUUAAUUCCUGAUACAGUUACUAAGCAAUACGGAAAUUCAGGUGAUUCAGUACAAGAUAUUAUAAUCUACAUCAAGGGGGGUGUUACUUAUGAAGAGUCCAGAUUAAUUCAUGAUUUAAGUUUGGCAAAUAAUAAGAUCAACUUGAUUAUUGGAAGUGAUAGUAUCUUGAAUAGUGAAAGAUGGUUAAAUAAAAUGUAUGAUAAUAUUAAUGAAACCCAUACAAAUCAACCUAAUACAGUUGAUCACGGUUCGAGAACUAAACAAUUAAGAGAUAUUUUAUAA